AGUUGUAUUGACCGCUCAGUGUCCUCAAAGUUUUUGGUUCUAUAGGUAUCGCGUUGCAAAACAUCUCAGAUCAGCAAACAAAAUAAGCAUGUAAAUCAAUAUCGUGAUUUCUAUUGGAUAUUUCUGAUUCAAAAAUAACAAAAGAAAUAAGAAGGGGAUGUUGUCAAAAUCAUUUUCGAUCACCUUGAUCACUUCAACGCAUUCGAUAGCCAGCUUUCGUUCAGUGUAGUUGUGUACUUUUGUUACCUGUUUCUGCAACGAUGUUUUCGUGUACCUAUUGUUCUCUGACUUUUACUACGGAGCAAGAACUCAAUGUUCAUAUUGAAAUGUGCGACAACAACACACAACCGCCGCUGUCGGAACCAAUGGAUUUGGACUCAUAUAUUUGUGAAUUCUGUAGUGCGGAUUUUGUGACUGCAGAAGAACUUGCCAUGCAUGAAAAAACGUGCGAAAUGAAGAAACUCACAGCAACGUUGGUACCUCAGCUCCAGGAACUCACUAGAACUCUUAAAAUCUCUGACAAAGCGGUCUCUUUAAAGUCGAAACGCUGUGGAAAUUGUAAGAUGAUCUUUAUAACGCGAGAAGACCUCUUUGCUCACAGGCGUACGUGUAAAAUUAGAAAAGUGAACAAUUUAUUGAAACAAAUGAACUUAAACCUUGAAAAGUGGUUGUCAAGUGACAGGAGCUCAAAAAGCUAUGUAUCGAAAUCUGAUGAAGAAGACGUGCAUACUUCUCAUACAUUGACGUCCAAAGAUGACUGCACUGGACAAACAAACUUGAUCAAUCCUGUUGAUUUAGGUCGCGCCAUAUGUUCUGCGAUGCCUCCAUCGACGUCAAAAGACUGCUCUGUAAAGAAAUUUAAUAGAAAACGACCAUUAAAGACUUCUUUAACUUCUGACUCUAGUCUGGAAUCUCCUCCGCCGAAAAAGUGGGUAAAGUCUCCUCGCUUUAAAUGUGUCUUCUGUUCACGACGUUUUAACACGUUAGACGAAUUAAGAAUUCAUAUUCCCAAGUGUCUAAAAUUAAACAUUUAGUACUCUUCUGCCCGGUAAGAGGAUUUUAACUAGUUUUAGAAAAAGUAUUAAGCGCAUGUGCAUAAAAGUUUUGUCUUAGACAUAAUUUAUAAUAAUCACUCAUAUGUAAUCAUAUGUAAUCAUUUAAGCCGUUACUGUUAUGUUUGGAGUAUUCUGUACGUAGUAACGAGCGCAUAUCUAAUCCGCGAUUUAUUUAUUUGUGAAUUUAAUAUAAGGUUUGAGAAGAAUCAGUUUAGAACAAUGACGAUUAACACACAGGAUAUUGUAUUGUUGGAAAAGAGGACGUGAAUCAAAUAAGAUAAUAAAUUGUAACAUACAUUUACUUCAUUGUCAUAUACAAAAUGAAAACGAUUGCAGGAAAUACGAAGUGUCAAAUAAUAUAGGACCUUUCUUUUUUAGUUACAUAACCUCAGAACUUAUCUGCAAAAAAGACAUAACUGUUGAAAAAAGAAUACCACAACAGAAUAGUUGUGGUUACGUUAGAUCAAUAUAACGUAAACUAAAAUGACGAAAGAUUUACAAUCAACUGACUUUUCAUCACUUUUGACGACGAUCACUUCGUCGAUUAGAUUUAAGUACAUAUAUUAGUGAACAUAGUGUACGGUUACAGUGUUUUAUGAUUAGCUUGAUGAUAGUUCUUUAGUGUACAUAUUAGAAUAUAGAUCUCAAAUGUAAAUUUAAAAAGAGUUUUCAGUAUAUGUCGGAUUCUAAUCUUUUAUUCAGUUUUUUACUCCACUCUUUUUUAUAUUCGUAAUUCAUUUAUACUUAAAUUGAUGUGUGUAUAUGU